AUGAAUAUUUUGCCACUGCAUAAUGGACUGUGUUUCUUUGCCACAACAGUGGUACCAUUUGAUUUGGAUUGGCACGUGCGGGACUGCCAUUGCCCUGCUCUGUACUGCGCUCCUCACUCUUUUUUCUCUCUUCCACACAAUCCUUGUUUGCCCCUUGUUUCUUUCUCUACUCUAGACAGCCUUCAUUAUAUGCCACAUCAAGCUAACAAAUUGAGUGUCCGCACACCCGCCACAGUGUGCCAGUCACUUUACGUGAUGCCGCUGCUUCUCCUGCUGUUGUUUCUGUGCUGCGCCAGUGUGUGUGUUGCGCAGAAGGACGGCGGCGUGCAGUCGACUGGUGUU